UCCGCUGCUGCAUGUAAACAAAGCGGAGCUAACAGCGGAGUUAGCAGCGGCAGCUCCAAUGAAGAUAAACGGACUUUAAUCCGAACCGAACGCAGCUGAUCCGGAACCCCGAUUCUGAGGAAUGGACUGAAUCAGAACCGGCACCAUGUCCAUGGAAGACCCGUUCUUCGUCGUCAAAGGGGAGGUGCAGAAGGCCGUGAACGCAGCUCAGAGCCUCCAUCACAGAUGGAGGGAACUCCUGCAGGAAGGGGGCGGAGCCUCCAAGGAGGAGAUCGACUGGACGACCAAUGAGCUGAGAAACAGCCUGCGCUCCAUCGAGUGGGACCUGGAGGACCUGGAUGAGACCAUCAGCAUCGUGGAGUCGAACCCAAAGAAGUUUAAUCUGGAUGCAGCUGAACUGUCGAAGAGAAAAGCUUUUAUCACCAGCACCAGGCUGACAGUCAAGGAAAUGAAAGAGCAAAUGUCAAGUCCAGGUGCUGCCUCAGCAGACAGAAAGAACAGACAGGCUCUGCUCGGCGAACACGGUGCUCAAGGGCCCAUCUGGCAGCCCGGUUCUGAUAAGUACAGCCGCCUGGACCGGCAGCUGGAGAACGCCAACUCUCAGUUCAUCGAGGAGCAGCAGGUGCAGCAGCAGCUUAUUGCAGAGCAGCAGGACGAGCAGCUGGAGCUGGUUUCUGGAACCAUUGGAGUUCUGAAGAACAUGUCGGAGCGGAUCGGCAUGGAGCUGGACGAGCAGGCAGUGAUGCUGGAUGACUUCAGCCAUGAGAUGGACAACACUCAGUCCCGACUGGACAAUGUGAUGAAGAAACUGGCCAAAGUGUCACACAUGACCAGCGAUCGCCGGCAGUGGUGUGCUAUCGGCGUGUUGCUCGCCAUCCUCUUCGUCGUCAUCCUCCUCUUCUUCAUCCUCUGAUUGAUGCCUCCUGCUGUCACUGACAAUUCAUCCUAAUCCUGUAUCUGCUGGACUCUACUGGACUGGACUGGACUGGACUGAAGUGGACUUGACUGUGUUGGACCGGACUGGACAUUACUGGACUGUAUUGGACUGGACUGGACUUUACUGGACUGAACUGUAUUGGACUAGACUGGACUUUACUGGACUGGACUCACCUGGACUCACAUGGUCGUCCUCCUGGUUGGUGGGACUGAAAAGGCACUUUUGGUUCGUUGAGUGUUCGACUGUCAAACUGGUUUCAGAGGUCAAAGGUCAAACCGGUGGAAACACGUUUGAUGUGUUUUAAUGUUUUUGUUUGUUUGGAUUUUUUUAUUUUAAGGUCUGAAAAUAGCCAGUUUAACUCCAGUUCAACUUCAGUAUAACUUGAGUUUAACUUCAGUUCAACUCCAGUUAAAAUUCAGUUUAACUUUGGUUUAACUCAGGUUUAAUUUUUAACUUAAGUACCACUUUAAUCACUACGUCUUCAUCAGUUUAAGUUAUGUUUGAUUCAGGUUAAACAGUUUGAACUGGUUCAGUUUAGGUUAAACUGGUUGAACUGGUUUGUAGAAACACUAAAACUUCUUGUCUGUUGUUAGUUUGUUUAUGGUUUGUUUUUAUUGACUGAAGACUUUUGUUGAGUUGUUUGUGUUUUUCUUUUCUGAUCAUAUUUCCAGUGGAUCAAUCAGACUUAUUGAUCAGACAUGUUAAUGUGAAAUCCUACCACACAUUUCCUGCUGCUGCUUCACAAUAAAAGCCUUAUUCCACCUCUUACAGGCUUUUAUUGUGAAGUGCACUUACUAGUGAGUUUUAUUUAAAACAACAGAUGUAGUCGCAGAAGCCAAUUGCAGAGUCCCACAACAUCAGAUUCUUGGUACGCACAGCAGCAAUGUAUCACACGACGUCUGCAGGCAAUCAGACGUCAGGACUGAAAAUGUUCAAACAAAAUCAGAUCACAUUGAAAAAUGUGAACAAAAAGAUAAAACAAACAUUAAAACCUGCAACGUCUUAUUUCGUUCUGACUUUUAACUUGAAAUCCAUCCAGUUGUCUUCAACAUGAAACAGUUUUCUUCUAGAAAUUAAACUUUAAUCAUGUUUCCUCACAACUGGACUCUUCACACACUAAUUGCGAUGUUAUUAUUAUUAUUACUAGUAGUAGUAGUAAUAGUAAUAAUAAUGAUAAUCAUGGGGGAUGUUCUGAUCCAUUCUGGAUUGAUCAGACAUUUUGUAACUGAUUGGUAUCAAACCUCAGUCUGAUCUUUGGUUCAACAUGAACUGCCUGAAGCCUGAGUUACGCCUCCUCUGCUCUCUGCAGUAUUAAACAGUGAGAGGCUCCACCUGAUGGAACAACCAGGUAGUACAGCUGGUUUAUGGAACAUUUACUGACAUCAUGGAGAGAAUACAGGUUUUCUCUGUUUGUUGGAGCCUCAGAACAUCCUACCCUCUAACUCUACAUUUACCCUCUAACACUACAUCUACCUUCUAACUCUACGUUUACACUCCAGCUCUACAUUUACCCUCUUAACACUACAUCUACCCUCUAACUCUACAUUUACCCUCUAACACUACAUCUACCUUCUAACUCUACGUUUACACUCUAGCUCUACGUUUACCCUCUUAACUCUACAUUGUCCCUCUAACUCUACGUUUACACUCCAGCUCUACAUUUACCCUCUUAACACUACAUCUACCCUCUAACUCUACGGUUACACUCUAGCUCUACGUUUGCCCUCUAACUCUACGUUUGCCCUCUAACUCCACGUUUACACUCUAACUCUACAUCUACCCUCUGACACUACAUCCACCCUCUAACACUCCAUUUACCCUCUAACUCUAUAUCUACCCUCUGACUCUACAUUUACCCUCUAACACUACAUUUACCCUUUAACUCUACAUCUAGACAGGGUUCUACCGGACCUUUACUACAAGGUCCCACCUACAGAACAUAAGGGAAUGGACUGGAGGCAGAGAUGCAGGCUUUUCCUAAUAAACUGCAGAGAUAUUCGGUUGUCUAGAUUGAUUUUAAUAACUUAAUAAAUGUACUUGAAGUGUUUAUAUUCAGGACCAUGGUGUCAGAUUGGGACUCUGUAUCUGCAGAUACUAAAUAAUAAAUGACUGGGAUCAGAUCAUGGGAAGAACUUGAUCAGGACAUCCAUAAUAAUAAUAAUAAUGAUAACAAUAAUAAUAAUGGCAGCAGAAGUGAUCAGCAGCAGAAUUUGAGCUGAAUGAAUGAAGACCUUUAGUUUGCAGUGAAACCAUGUUAUUGAUUGGUUUGUUAUUGAUGAAUGAUGGGAAUUGUCUGAGUCGUCAUUAUUUAGUUUUUGUGUCUGCAGGUGAAUUUUAUUUCAAUAAACUCCAGAAAAGAAAAGAAA